AUGGAUCGGUCUGGAUGAUGUUGCCUGAGAACAACUUGGUUGCCGCUUUCCUUCCUUCUCCUGUGCACGGCAACGCUUAUAAAAGGCCAAAUGGUCGCGAUCUCCGAACGCGAGAGAAAACUCCCUAGCGAUAUUGGCUCUUCGAGUGCGAAAGGCUUGAUGUAUCUCCGUUGACGUGUUGGUCGUUCCGAUGGCCCUGGUCCAACACGAUGCCUCGCGACUAUGGUCUUGGUUUCGGAGAUGGAAAGUCCCAACGCUAUAAGUCAAGUCAGGUUUCCUGUAGGAUUUAUUCUCAGCUGUGACUUAUGCACCAUCGAAUACACCCAAACUAAGGAGAAGAACUUAGCUCUAGUGUUAUCUCAUCGUGUAUUGACAUCAAAUUGCAAGAGAAUACUAGGAAUAGCGUUAUCUAACCGUAAGUCAACCUCAGCCCCAUUACAAAUAUCCACCAGGCAACUGACCAGAAAUCGACGACAAAGACCGUCAACAAUGGACCAAUCCAAAAACGAGACCAGCAAACUGGGAGGUGUAUAUACCUACUUCCAAUCUCUCCCCGAUCUCAUCUCCCGACGGGCGAAAAACUUCAUCUGCGGCUGCUUAGACGACAUUAUCCUCCACACCAUCACCUCCAUCUUCAUCAAACCCUUUAUGAGCUACGUUUUCUUUACCACGGUAGUCUUGGUCUUGAUUGCGGAGAUCGCGCCCCAUCCCUGGAUCUUUGCCUUCUUCUCAAUCUUCGCCUACGCGAACCAACAUAUCGUGGAUAGAGUUAUCGCUGGGUUAGUAAACUUGGUGUCUGCGAUUUGGGUUGAUGCCGUGGUGCUGUGGUUUAUUCUCUCUGUUCACUUCUUUCGCGAGAGGAGACGACGGAUUCCGAGGAGGGAGUGGAUUGCUACGUGGGAGAUUAUCUCUUUGGGGAUCAAUGCGUUUGUCUAUUUCGUCGCGCCUGCACAGGACCUCUCUGCCGCGUAUGACUCGGCCUCGGCAGCGCCUUCUAACGAGGUUGAAGAGUUUCAAAUGACGUGGGGACAUUACGCCUCCCUACUACUCGUUCUCCGCGAAGUCAACUGCGCAUUUGUGGAGUACAUUUCGCAAACGAAGCUCGACGCCCAAAGAGUACCCAAGGACGGGAAGUAUGAGUGCUUCAGGAGGCUAUGGUAUGGUCUUCGCUUCUGGGGCUGGAGUGUGCUGAGUCGGGCGACGAUGUACCUGUGUUUUAUGGCUACUUGGGAUGCGGUGGUGGAGUUGGUGGUUUGGGAGUAUGUACCUGUGGCGUACGGAGGGUUGGCGUUCUUUGGGAUGAUUGUUGGGAUGUUGACGAUUGUUGUGCUGUGGGUGUUGGAGCGGUGGAAGGCGAUGUGGGGGGUUGGGGUAGAUUUGGAGGGCUAUGGGAGCGAUGAGAGUGAUGAUGAUGAGGGUGAUGAUAUAGAGAAAGAUGAGGAUAAGGAAGAUGAGGACGAUGGUGAUGAGAGCGACAAUGACGACGAUGAGGACGAUAGCGAUGAGGACGAUAGCGAUGAGGAUGACAGCGGAGAAGACGACAGCGAAGACGAUUAUAAGGUGUAUGAGUUCGGCAGGGAGAAUCAUUUCCCAGGUAAUAACAUCCUCUAAGAAUCCCCAGAUGUCAAGAAAUCGAAGAACCAACGAGUCGAGGUUAACUGCAGGCCUGGAAUUAAUCAAAGACGUGGGUCACAUCAGGACCCAAGUGCCUUACAACUAGAGGCAUCGUUAGCAAGCAUCUGUUCAUCAAUUACAUAGUCCCACAGGAAGUAUACUCUUCCAAUCGCUGCC